GCUGAGUCACGGGUGCGACCUCGGCACAGCGCUGUCUGAUGCAACGCCUCAGUGCUGGGAGCCUGCUGCGGAGCACGUUGGGGUGACCGGGAGGCCGUGGUGUUGGGGGUGAUGUCCUUGGAGGUGGCCAGGGCGACCGCAGGGAUGGUGCUAGCAGAGCUGUAUGUCUCGGACCGAGAGGGGAGCGACACCACAGGAGAUGGAAGCAAGGAGAAGCCGUUCAAAACAGGCCUCAAGGCCUUGCUGACAGUAGGGAAGGAACCGUUUCCUACCAUUUAUGUGGAUUCACAAAAGGAAAAUGAGAGGUGGGAUGUUAUUUCUAAGUCACAGAUGAAGAACAUUAGAAAAAUGUGGCAUAGGGAACAAAUGAAGAACGAAUCCCGGGAAAAGAAAGAGGCGGAAGAUAACUUGAGAAGAGAAAAGAACCUAGAAGAGGCAAAGAAGAUUAUCAUUAAAAAUGAUCCAAGUCUUCCAGAGCCAAAAUGUGUGAAGAUUCAUGCUUUAGAAGGAUACAGAGGCCAAAGAGUAAAGGUGUUUGGUUGGGUCCAUAGGCUGCGGAGGCAAGGAAAGAAUUUAAUGUUCCUGGUGUUACGGGAUGGUACAGGUUAUCUUCAGUGUGUCUUGUCGGAUGAGUUGUGUCAGUGCUACAACGGAGUGGUCUUGUCCACCGAGAGUAGUGUGGCCGUGUAUGGGAUGCUGAAUCUGACCCCAAAAGGCAAGCAGGCUCCAGGGGGUCACGAGCUGAGCUGUGACUUCUGGGAACUCGUUGGGCUGGCCCCAGCUGGAGGAGCUGAUAACUUGAUCAACGAGGAGUCUGACGUCGAUGUCCAGCUCAACAACAGACACAUGAUGAUCCGGGGAGAAAACAUGUCCAAAAUCCUGAAAGCACGCUCGGUGGUCACCAGGUGCUUUAGGGACCACUUCUUUGACAGGGGUUACUAUGAAGUGACUCCUCCAACGUUAGUGCAGACACAGGUAGAAGGCGGCGCUACCCUCUUCAAGCUCGACUAUUUUGGAGAAGAGGCAUUUUUGACUCAGUCCUCUCAGUUGUACCUGGAGACCUGCAUCCCAGCCAUGGGAGAUGUUUUUUGCAUUGCACAGUCGUACAGGGCAGAACAAUCCAGAACGCGAAGGCAUCUGGCUGAGUACACUCACGUGGAAGCCGAGUGCCCCUUCCUGACCUUUGAGGACCUCCUGAACCGGCUGGAGGACUUGGUCUGUGAUGUAGUGGACCGAGUCUUGAAGUCCCCCGCAGCAAGCAUAGUGUACGACCUCAACCCGAAUUUUAAGCCCCCCAAACGGCCUUUCAAGCGGAUGAACUAUUCAGAUGCUAUUGUGUGGCUGAAAGAACACAAUAUAAAGAAAGAAGAUGGAACUUUCUAUGAAUUUGGGGAAGAUAUCCCAGAAGCUCCUGAGAGACUGAUGACAGACACCAUUAAUGAGCCAAUCUUGCUGUGUCGAUUUCCCGUGGAGAUCAAGUCCUUCUACAUGCAGCGAUGUCCAGAGGACCCCCGCCUCACGGAAUCUGUGGACGUGUUGAUGCCCAAUGUCGGUGAGAUUGUGGGAGGCUCGAUGCGUAUCUGGGAUAGUGAAGAAAUGCUGGCAGGUUAUAAGAGGGAAGGGAUUGACCCCGCUCCCUAUUACUGGUACACAGAUCAGAGAAAAUACGGCACAUGUCCUCAUGGAGGCUACGGCUUGGGCUUGGAGCGGUUCUUAACCUGGAUUCUGAAUCGGUACCACAUCCGAGAUGUGUGCUUAUACCCUCGGUUUGUCCAGCGCUGCAGGCCAUAGCUGGUCCUCCUGAAUCACAAAGGGAAGGAAACCAUCCAUGGAAGGGAGAGACUGCCUCUUGAAAAAAGCCAAAUCAUCCCUCUUUUGUUGCAUUACCUAUUUGUCUUUUUGUGUUUUAUUUCUCCUACAAUAUAAAAAGUAGUGUGUAUUACUUGAACUUGAGCAACAUUGAUAUAAUUUUAAGAAAAUAUUCAUUGCAAAAUUUGGGAGAAACAUGUGGCCUGUAACUACUUUAUUUGAUAUGUUUCAACAUUUUAUUCAGUUACAGGUUAUAAUUGUGUUAAUGAAUGUGUAGCAGAUAUACAAUUAAAACAGUUUUUAAUUAUGAUUUAAGACAUUCCAGUAACUUAAUGCUUCUGUCCUCUUAACGGUAACUGGAAUAUUAUUUGAUAGUAUCAGUGAGUUACAGCAAACAUCCUGUGAGAAAAUUAGUGAUGCGGCAUAAAGCUCCAACAUUAGAACAGGUGUAGCUGAGCAGUAGAGGUGGAAUCAAAUCAAGAUAGCUGUUACAUAGCUGCUUAUAAUCCUAAGGCCUCUAAAUUGAUACGGAAGAAAUUGUAAAAAAUGGAACUGCUGAAAGAAUGUGAGGUAAGAACAACAGCAUGGGGAAGGUGUGCAUUCGGCCGACUCCCGGCCUCCCUGUAACCCAGGCGGCCAG